AUGCACAGCACCAUACUUCUGGGACAAGAUGCCCCGGCUACACUUAUAAACACAAACUUCAGCGUGUCGUGGUUCUGUUGCUGUGGUUCUGAACCGACCAUCAGCUGUUUGGCCCCACAGGUGGCGCGCCGUCUGUCCCUCAGGAAACUGCCGCGCUGCGCCACGCUGAGCGGCGGCCAGGCCAUCGAGCUGCUGGCGCAGGACGGUGACAGGAAGAGGUUCCGCUUCAGGACGCCGAUGGGACAAACGCCCGACUGCUGCUUCUCCUUCGCCGGGCUGCGGAACCAGGUCACCUUGCUGAUCCAGAAGCAGGAAGUCGAGGAAGGCGUAGAGGAAGGAACGGUGCUGUCGUGUGUGAACGACAUCGCCGCCGCCACGCAGCACACCGUGGCCUCACACCUGGCGAAGAGGACGCACCGGGCCGUCCUGUUCUGCAGAGCCAACCGACUGCUGCCGUCACAAAACCCGACGCUGGUGAGAAACCGUCCACUGGAUCCGAUUGUUUCUAUUCCAUCACAUUCAGUUCAGUUAGCCGCCAACCAGAGCAUCAAGAUCAUCAAAAGUUUCUGAGGAAGCCAGCUGGGCUUCCAGUCUUUGACACGCAGCGAUCACUCCUCCUGACCAGCAGGGGGCGACAGCAGAGAGAGAAACUUCCCUUUAACAGGAAGAAUCCUCCAGCAGAACCAGAACCACCACCGGCUCAGUCCAGCAGCCAUCAAUACCUGCGUUUCCAUUCACCGUA